AGAACUCUCUAACUGACUCCAAAGGUUUAAGCAUCAUUUCGCGCUCGAAAUCCCCAAUUCCCCAAUCUUCGUCGUCGAAACCCUAAUUUCUGAAUCGAUCCCGAUCGAAUCGAAGAUCGUAGUGUUUCUGGAGUGGAUGAUAGCUACCCGUUGAACUCGAAAUCCUAAUCGUAAUGGGCGGUACGGACGCGAAGGACAUCCUCGGGUUGCCGAAGACGCCACUGUCUCUAACUCAGGAGAAGAAAUCUCGACCCCAGAAGGAGUCACAUCGAAAACCCGAUGGCAUCUCUCGCGAGGUUUAUGCGCUUACCGGCGGCGUUGCGCCUCUUAUGCCUUCGAUUGAUGUUACCCAGUUGAAGCGACCUCCUCCACCUGAUGAGAAGGUUGCUUGGCAGUGGCUUCCCGUCAAAAGUUCUGCUAGAAAAGAUGAUUUGCAGCUCUACCAUUGGGUUAGAGUGGUAAAUGAUAUUCCACCAUCAGGUGACUAUUCCUUUGCCAAGUACAACAAGUCAGUUGAUGUCUUGAAAUACACUGACGAUGAGUAUGAAAACCAUUUAACGGACCCUGUGUGGACCAAGGAAGAGACAGAUCAGUUAUUUGAAUUGUGUGAAAGGUUUGAUCUCCGUUUCACUGUGAUUGCUGAUCGCUUUCCGUUAUCCCGGACUCUAGAGGAAUUGAAGGAUCGUUACUAUAGUGUAACUCGGGCCCUGCUGCGUGCUAGAGCUCAGUCUCCAGCAGAGUUGGCAAACCAUCCUCUUAUAAAGGAGCCGUAUGAUAUGACACGCGAUAGAGAGCGCAAACGUGCAUUGUCAAUGGUCUUGUCCCAGAGUAGACACCAGGAGAAGAAAGAUGCUGAGAUUCUUGCUGAGGCUAAGAGAAUCACAGAGAUGCGUCUGGCUGCGCGUCGUGCGGCAGAGCCUGAUGUACCUGCGAAUGAAAAUAUCGGUAGUGUAUCUCCAUCUUCCAAUUCUCAACUUCCUGCAACUGCCGUGGCUCCAUCAACACUAACUAUGGCUGAUUAUGCCUCUACCCUUGCUUCUCUCCGCAUGCUUCAUGUGUAUUUGAGAACCUAUGGACUUGAACAAAUGGUCCAAGCUGCAAGCUCUGCUGUUGGUCUUCGAACGAUCAAGCGCGUUGAGCAGACUCUGCAAGAUCUCGGGGUUAAUUUAAAGCCAAAGGUUCCUACAAAAACUGUAUGCGAUGAGCAUCUUGAAUUACGGAAAGAAAUUCUAACACUAUUGAAUCUUCAGAAACAGCUACAGUAUAAAGAAUCAGAAGGUUCAUCACACCGUGAAGGGACAUAUGGCGCAAUGCCAGAUACUCCAAAAGAUCGUGUUUUCGCAUCUGAGCCAUUCGGUUUUGGAGGUACAUUUCUUUUAUCUCCUUUGUUUCAGAAUUUUAUGUACUACUUCACCAUAUCUAACUUGCCAGGUGUGUGUCUGUCUGUGUUCACAGCUGAAAGACCAAUCAAGAAGGAACCAAAGCGGAAGGGUCCUGGAAGACAAUCAGAUACUCCUUCACCAGCUCAUAAGCGCCCCAGAAAAUUGAAAGCAUCUGAUCUCUAAAUGCAAUACUGUCCAUGUAAUUUGCAAUUUCUUUUUUUUUUCCCCAGUGAUAUCAGUCAAGACACUGCACUAGUUGUCCGUUGUUGAAUUGUUCCAAGAAUCAAAAAAUUGAUGGUGAUGUCAAUAAAGAGACCAAGAUAAAACAAGCAAUGGCUAACAUUUUUCACCAAUUGAGCCAAGUGAGAGAGGGUAGCAACUCCGUACGGUCUGCUCAGAAUAGCAUAAUAACAGAGAAAGAGGAAGACUUGAGAACGGAAAACCAGAAAAUUGUAUAAAGCAUUACUGUUUUGAUACAACAAAAUUGUCUUAAAAUGAAACAUCAUAUUACAACUCU